AUAGAAGAUGAUUCAACCUAAUUUCGUUUCUUUAAUCGUCAACUUCAUAUUCUUAUCAUGUUUGACGCUUAACCUCGUUCUUUCCGAGCCACAGACCCAUCUUGUAAGCCAAGGUUGCACCCCAUCCAAAUUACAAACCUCAGUCAACUUCUCCAUCAUUGAGGACAGCGUAAACGCAACGUUUAGAGACAUUAGAGAGCAGAUCAUUACUCAGAACAAGUACUUCGCCAAGGCACAGCAAGGCUAUGGAGAAAACCCUGCAGUUUCCACUCUUUUUCAGUGCAGAAACUACCUCUCCGUUCAUGAUUGUGUUUCCUGCUUUGACGUCGCUGCCGUCAAAAUCCGCAACUGCCCCGCCGCUGGUGGUCGUGUCGUCUAUGACGGCUGCUUCCUCAGUCUCUAGAAGGCCCCACUUGACCCAAGAAGCAGGGGAAUUGCCCCACGCAAUUUGAAAAUCGUUUGGCUCACAGAACUUUCAAAAACGGCAAUAUCGUCAUGCCCAUGACAAGUUUGAACAUAAGGAAAACAGCUGAGAUGCCACGC